AUGUUAACGUUAACGUUAAGACGGACAAGUCGAGUGCGUCAUCUUUCGUACUUCUUGGGCAUUGAAACAAGUUGUGAUGAUACAGCAGUAGCAAUAGUGGAUCAAAAUGGUCGUAUCUUAAGUCAUGUUAUUUCAUCACAAUGGGAACUUUAUGCCAAAUGGAAAGGGAUUGUACCGGCAUUGGCAGCUCGAGCACAUGCUGAGAAUCUGCCACAUGUUAUUCACGCUGCCAUUGAGCAGAGUAAGUUAGAAGGGGUCGAGCAAUUGUCAGCUGUGGCAGUGACGUCUGGUCCUGGACUUGCUCCGUGUCUUGAUGUGGGACUACAGACAGCGAGGCAAAUUUGUUUGAAUCAUCGGGACAUUGCGUUCUUGCAAAUCAAUCACCUCGAGGCUCAUGUUCUCGUGUCAAGAUUACCUCAACUCGAGACGCCUUCACCGGAGUUCCCUUUUGUCGUGCUACUUGUGUCUGGAGGCCACUGCUGCCUUGUCUUGGCAAAAGGUCUUGGUGACUACGAGCUGUUAGGCAACACAGUCGACGACUCUAUUGGAGAAGCCUAUGACAAAGUGGCCCGGAUGCUGAACAUUACUUCCUCAGGUGGUAAGGGUGUGCACGGUGGUAAGUUGAUUGAGGAUAUGGCUGCACGCGGCAAUGACCGUGCUUUUUCGUUUACUGAGCCAAUGAAGCAUCGGAAGGAUUGUGACUUCUCUUACUCUGGCAUCAAGACUGCCAUGCUACGAGAGGUUAAGAAGCUUGGCAACAUCGACGAAAAGACAAAGGAGGACCUGUGUGCUUCGUUCCAGCGAAAAGCAAUCGACCAGUUGGUCACACGAACACGACGUGCCUGUCAGUGGAGCAAAGAACGCAUGAGGGACAAGAUCUCUACCCUUGUUGUAUGCGGUGGCGUGGCAUCGAAUCAGUAUCUUCGUGAUCGACUGCAAGCAGCAGCAGAUGAAGAAGAUGUAAUGGUCAUUUUCCCUCCGGCCAAGUAUUGUACUGAUAAUGGUGUCAUGGUUGCAUGGGCUGGAAUCGAGCGAUACGCCCAAGGAAUGCGUAAUGAUCCAGAGUCUGCACGCUAUCAGCCGCGUUGGCCACUCGAAACUCUGCAACCGCUCUAG